AUGAAGAGACAGAAUGAGACCAGAGUUUCUGAAUUCCUCCUCCUGGGUCUCCCUAUACCAUCAGAAGAACAGGGCUGGUUUUUGAUGCUCUUCCUGGUCAUCUACCUGGCCACCAUGUUGGGGAACUUGCUCAUUGUCCUACUUAUCAGGAUAGACUCUCGUCUCCACACCCCCAUGUACUUCUUCCUCAGUGUCUUGGCCUUCAACGACGUGUUUUUAUCAACUGUCACGGUUCCCAAAAUGUUAGUGGACAUGCAGAGUAUUCACAAGUCCAUCCCCUAUUCAGGGUGCGUUACUCAGAUGUAUUUUUUAAUAUUAUUUAUUUGUACUGACAAUUUUAUUCUUGCAGUGAUGGCUUAUGACAGGUAUGUAGCUGUCUGUCAGCCACUCCACUACAACAUGAUCAUGAGGCAAGAACGAUGUAUCACGUUAGUAGCUUGGUCCUUGAUCUUCAGUUUUUCACACGCACUGAUCCACACCCUGCUCUUGAUCCCAGCCAUGGGUCCCGAUAAUGAGACCAGAGUUUCUGAAUUCCUCCUCCAGGGUCUCCCUAUACCACCAGAACAACAGGGCUGGUUCUUGACCCUCUUCCUGGUCAUAUACCUUACCACCAUGUUGGGGAACCUGCUCAUCAUCCUACUCAUCAGGAUAGACUCUCGUCUCCACACACCCAUGUACUUCUUCCUCAGUAUCUUGGCUUUCAACGACGUGUCUUUAUCAUCUGUCACGGUUCCCAAAAUGUUGGUGGACAUGCAGAGUAUUCACAAGUCCAUCCCCUAUUCAGGGUGCAUUUCUCAGGUAUAUUUUUUAAUAUUUUUUGCUUGUACUGACAAUUUCCUUCUUGCAGUGAUGGCCUAUGACAGGUAUGUAGCCAUCUGUCAGCCACUCCACUACACCAUGAUCAUGAGGCAAGAACGAUGUAUCUCCUUAGUAGCUUGGACCUGGAUCAUCAAUUUUUCACAUGCACUGAUUCACACCCUGCUCUUGAUUCAAGUGUCCUUCUGUGGUGAUAUUACAAUCCCCCACUUCUUCUGUGAACUCACUGCAUUGCUGGAGGUAAGCUGCUCAGACACUUCACUCAAUAAACUGGUCAUAUUCAUUGAGGGAGGAAUGAUUGUAUGUAUUCCAUUUACUUCUAUCAUUGGAUCUUAUAUCUGUAUAUGGGCCACUGUCCUGAAAAAUCCUUCUGCUAAAAAAUUCUUCAAAGUCCUUUCUACCUGUGGUUCCCAUCUCCUCGUAGUAGCUUUAUUCUAUGGUACCAUUGUAGAAGUGUACUUUUUCUCUUCCCCAUCCAUGUCCAGUGGUAAAGAAAUAGCUGCUUCUGUGAUGUAUAUGAUAAUCACCCCCAUGCUGAACCCUUUCAUCUACAGCCUGAGAAACAGAGAUAUAAAACAAGCACUAAAGUUUUUUUCUAAUAAGAUGAUGUUCUUUAAGUCUAAAUGA